AUGGAAAUAGCAGUCCAAUCUCUUAGAAUUGCUCAGCAACACAACCUGGUUGGAGAAGACUAUUCUCAAGCAAUGCUGCUAGAACUAGAAGGUUUGGAUGCUAGCAGAAUUGACACCCUCAAUAAACUCUUAGCAGGAAAGCAAGCUGUAUCAAGGACCUACAAUAAAAGAGUUAAAAACAAGAGUUUUGAAGAAGGAGAAAUAGUCUGGAAAGCAGUUCUGCCCCUUGGAACACACAUAACUGGUUAUGGAAAGUGGUCACCUACAUGGGAAUGA